AUGCUUGAGACGGUAACGCUUGAGCAUGUGCCUACGUCGCACUCCGUGCAUGUGGCCGUCUUCCGGAAUGUCACCAACGCCGAGUUUCUGCAAUCGCAGCUCCUGAGUCGCAAUGCCGACUUCGAAUAUGCCUUUAUAGAUGCUUCGACGGUGAUCUCGCGGUUUCAUCUGCUGUCUGCCGUGUACAAGGCCAUCACUGUUGAGCUUUCCGGAUCCAUGAAGACGCCCAACGUCCACUCCGAGAUUAUCUCAGAGGCGUAUCGCAGAUACGGCAUUCAGCCAUCUACAAAGGACGUGGUGGUGGUGAAGGUGCUGAUUUCAAGGGAUGAUGCCCCGAGUACAGCCACCUCGGAGGAUGUCGCCAAGCACCUGGAGACGCAUGUUCAAGGAGAUCCUGCUCCUUUUAGCGACGACGAGCUCGCCAGGCUGACGGAUUGGUUAAAACUGCGCAAAUACCACAAACUAAACGGUGUGAACUACGUUGAAGGUAUCAAGGACGAGCAGACUAAAAAGAGGGAGCUAGAGCUUUUGGUAGUGUCUGCAAUGUCAUUGAGAGGCCUUUGA